AUGAAAGAGCUGAAGCACGAGAAUAUCGUUACUUUGUACGAUGUCAUUCACACUGAAAAUAAACUAAAUUUGGUAUUUGAGCACAUGGAUCGGGAUUUGAAAAAAUUUAUGGAUAGCCAUGGUAAUAAAGGUGCUUUAGAGGCUCGCCAAGUUAAGGCAUUCAUGUAUCAGCUUUUAAAGGGCAUCAUGUUUUGUCAUGAAAACAGAGUAUUACAUCGUGACUUAAAACCCCAGAAUCUGCUGAUCAAUAGAAAGGGACAAUUGAAGCUCGCCGAUUUUGGCCUAGCUAGAGCAUUCGGUAUUCCUGUAAACACAUUUUCAAAUGAGGUGGUAACUCUGUGGUAUAGAGCGCCAGACGUAUUAUUGGGAUCGCGCACUUACUCGACCUCAAUUGAUAUAUGGUCAGCGGGCUGUAUUCUUGCAGAAAUGUUUACUGGAAGACCAUUAUUCCCUGGUACCUCCAAUGAUGACCAGUUAACAAAAAUAUUUAAGCUGAUGGGAACACCCAAUGAGACGACAUGGCCUGGUAUUUCUUCUCUGCCAAACUAUAAGAGUAACUUUCCUGUGUAUGCACCCCAGGAUCUCCGGGCCAUUAUCCCUCAAAUUGAGCCUCUGGCUCUAGACUUAUUGCUACUAUUACUGCAAAUGAAGCCUGAAAACAGAAUCACUGCCAGUCAAGCCCUCCAGCAUCCUUGGUUUGCCGAGUACAAUAUACAUCACCAAGAAGUCCCUAUUCCAUACUAG